AUGGGAGAUGUUUAUGUUAACACAUCUUCUGGGGCUCAAGUUCCCUUUGUUACUGGAACUAACGCAGCCACUGAACUCAUAAAACCUUAUCAUCCUUUCUCCAUUUCGCCUUCUGAUUCUCCUGGUAUGUUGCUGGUUAAUAUAGCUUUUGAUGGAAAGAGUUUUGGGGGAUGGAAGAGAGCCAUUCUCAUAGUCUUGACUUCUAAAAACAAGUCUGGCUUUAUUGAUGGAUCAACAGAAAUUUCUGAAAGUAUUAUAUAUUCUUCCACUGCUAAAGAUCUGUGGACAGAAUUAGAAGCAAGGUUUGGACAGAGUUCAGGUACCAAGCUUUUCCAACUUCAAAAGGAACUCAGUGAUCUUGUGCAAGGUUCAUCUGACGUUGCUACUUAUUACACUAAGAUGAAACGUCUUUGGGAUGAACUGGACACUUUGGAUUUCUUUAUUCCAUGCAAUUGUGCUUGUUCCUUCGGUGUAAAGGAAAAGAACAUUAAGUCCAAGCAAGAUGGACGAUUGGUUCAAUUUUUAAUGGAACUCAAUGACUCUUAUUAUGCCCCUAGAGGUAAUAUACUUAUGAUUUCACCACUCCCUUUUAUUCCUAAUGCCUAUGCAUUGUUGAUGCAAGAAGAGAAGCAAAGAGAGGUCCAGAAUACACCAAAAUUUCCUGGUGAAUCUUCUUCAUUCAUUGCUGUCAGUCGGGAAAAUAAUGGACAGAGAUCAUUGGCUUGGGUGUAUUGA